GAAUCCUGACAGUGUCUAUUCCCUAAAGGCCAAGCUAAGCGAAGGUCUUCAGGUGGUAAGACAAAUGGAGAAAGGGAACACACCACCCCGCAGUUUUGACCUUUUGAAGGAAGCAGAGAUUCUUGUCAUGCUACUUGGACAAAAAAAAUCGAGUGUCCAUAUAGCAACGCGCCUGGGUGUAAAGGAAAAGGCUCACUGGGCGCGCAACUUGAACCAUCCUAAUUCGCGAGGGUCCUACAUUGACAACUUGCACGAGCAGGCCACAGCAUUACUGGAAAGCAACGAGCCCUCGGAUCUCGCUCCGGCUGACAAUGGAGAUCCGGGUACCUUGAUGCAGGAGGAAAUGGAGGUUGGCCACGAACUCGUUCCCUCGUAUCAAGGGAGCACCGAUAAUUUGGCUCCUGACUCUGAUACUAAUGUCAUCUCCAACUCAUCAAUUCAGCUUUCUGAUGACCAGGGAGUACUUGACACAAAGCUUUAUUCCCAGCAGGAGCAGGAACAGGGGUACAUACCGUGGGAUCCGUUCGACGUUCAGCUUAAUGGAUACUACGACCCUGACCUGACGUCUAUCCUCUUUUCAAUGUCUGGUAGUACGAUGCCAGAAACAAGAACAAUGAAUGAUGAAAAUAUAUCAUUUUCAAGCCAGGAUGUUCUUUAACAAAAACCAUCUUUCAUCAGACAAAAAGAGUCACAAUACACAUUAGAUAGAGAGGAAGAUUGCCAGCUUUCCGCGUCAACACUUGGCUACACGCACUGUGUAACGCGCAAAGCGGGACUGCAAGGAUGAUGUCACAAGUAAUAGGAUUCUAGUAUGGAAAUUGUGAAGGAAAAUCAACAGUUGAAGAGACCAU